AAAGUAAAUUGGUUAUGCUGGCGGGCAGUAGUUGGACCAUAGUGUUUUAAUAAAGGCCCAACGGCGGAGGACAACUCACAAUGCUUUGGCGCGCAGGGCGGCGUUUUUGAUCCUCUUCUUAGGUUUUCCACCGGGAACUUCCAAAUCCGUAUCGCAGCACUGUCCAGAACUCCAAGAAAUUCACCAUUUUUGUCAAUACGAAGAACAAGAAGAAGUUGAAUUGAAACCCACAAAUUUGGUUGUUUCCAUACUCCAUUCUUGCUUCCUCUUCCUCCUUUCCACUCGUUUUUACGCAUGGCCGGUACUGGAAUCCACCCGUACCACCAGCAAUGGCCUGCCGCCGCCGCCGCCCCUCCUCCUCCUCCUCCACAAGCCGCUGCUGCUGCUCCCCCUCCUAUUCCCCACCCCCAUCCUCCUCAGAUCCUCGUCGACAACCCCGGCCGCCAUGCCUCCGAUGAGGUUCGAACUAUAUUUAUAACAGGGCUUCCUGAAGAUGUAAAAGAGAGAGAGCUGCAGAAUCUUCUUAGAUGGUUACCUGGUUACGAGGCUUCGCAAGUGAAUUUCAAAGGUGAAAAGCCUAUGGGCUUUGCGCUCUUCUCCAAUGCGCAGUUUGCUAUUGCUGCGAAAGAUGCCCUCCAGGAUAUGGUUUUUGAUGCGGAGUCUAAGUCAGUGUUGCAUACUGAGAUGGCCAAGAAAAAUCUAUUUGUUAAACGAGGCAUUGUUGCUGAUGCAAGUGCUUACGACCAAAGUAAACGAUUGAGAACAGGUGGUGACUAUGCCCACACCGGAUAUUCAAGCCCAUCACCUUUUCAUGCCCCUCCACCCCCCAUUUGGGGGCCUCAUGGGUAUAUGGCUCCGCCACCUCCUCCAUACGAUCCCUAUGGAGGUUACCCUGUUCCUCCUGUACCUAUGCCUGCUCCUGCUCCUGUACCAGCACCUAGCAGCUAUGUGCCUGUUCAGAACACUAAAGAUAAUCCUCCUUGCAAUACCCUGUUUAUUGGCAAUCUAGGGGAAAAUGUAAAUGAGGAGGAACUCAGAGGUCUUUUUAGCGUACAACCUGGAUUUAAGCAAAUGAAGAUUCUGAGGCAGGAAAGGCACACGGUCUGCUUCAUUGAGUUUGAAGACGUGAACAAUGCCACCAAUGUGCAUCAUAGUUUGCAGGGUGCUGUUAUCCCUAGUUCCGGCUCUGUGGGCAUGAGAAUACAAUAUCCUUUUCUUUAUCAAAUUGUUUUUUAUUAUUUUAGCCGUAGAACGAUCUUACCUAUUCUACUGGUACUCGAAAAUUGGAAGCUGUUGCCUGACAAUCUAUGUGUUGGAGUGAAUGAUUUAUCUAAUAUUCUAAUUACAUGGUUGAAUUGUGCUACUUAUAGGUGUUAUGCCUUAAAUCUAAUUUUAGAAAAUUCUAUAUCUGCAAGUGUAUUGUUUGUUCUUUGCUGAAUGUGAUGCUGUACAUUAUAACCAAUCAACUUCUCAUAUUAUAACAAUUAGUUUUUAUUUCUAACAUUCAAUUGCAAUUCCUGUUGAUGUUUGUCAACGUUGUGAUAUAGGUUUUGCAAACAUAUGUAUAAAUGUGAUUUCUUGAACUUUUUUCAUUUAUUGUUCUUUUCAUGAUUUUGCAUACACGUUUCUUCUCUUGACUCAUGAAUACAUUUUCAAAGAACCCGUUUGGGAAACGGAAGGAUGCUGCCUACCCUGUUUCUGCUCCUGGCGUGAACGGAACUCCACAAGCUAUGGCAUACCAAUAGCAUGAAGGGGAUGUACUCUGUUCUUUUUGCUCCAACAAAUUCAAGCACUAGAUGAUAGGAUGCAUCUUGCAGCAGUUGCAUGCAUCCAUGAUCCAUUUCAUAUCAAGUCAUCAGCAUUUUCAUCUCCAUGGGAAUGAAUGCUCAUUUUGGUGUCACGAACAUUCCAUUUGGAAGCAUGCUACUGUAGCCCUUAUUUGUGACAUGCAUUUACUUUUCAGUACCUGAGAAAGAUUUAAGUGGCUGGAUUACAUAGUAGGGCCUCAGAUAUUAUUAUCAUUUGUAGGAUGUGUGCUGUGCAUUAGUCCUAUUCUAUCUUUAUUGUUUGUGUAUGAGUAUGUAGCUAUUUAUUUAAAUGGAUUUCCUUGUUUACUUAGAGCAUUCACAUAUAAAAGUUCAGCCACUUCAUCUCACCUGGCGCAAUUUCAAUUCAGUAGGAGUUUCCAUAUCAUGGUGCCACUCUAGUAGGAAUGUAGGGCAAGUAGGCCACCAAACAAUUCAUCACGCCAUUACUUUAUUUUUCCAUUAACAUUCCCAUAUUCAUCACCACAACAUCAUACUCGGUCAGCAAUCAAUUCAUGGUGAAAUAUUCACAUUGAGGGCUUGUUUGGAUUAACUUUCCAAGUGCUUAAAAUAUAUUUUUCGUCCACUUAGAAAGUCAAUCCAAACGGAUCCAACUCCAUUUCUUAAGCAUGGAAAUAUAUAGUGGCAUUUACAUACAGGAUUGAAGUAUGAAUUGACCAAGGCUACUAUCCAUUUGAGGUCCAGUUUCAGGUGCUAUCUGAAGUUUCUUUUACCAGCGUUCAGGAAGGCUUCAAAUGCAUGGAGGUGAAUUGAACAUCAAUUAAGGGCGAAGUGGGGCGAAGUGGAGAUUCGUAUAAUCCCCCCUCCCCCGAAAACAUAAUUACUUGAACUGAAGCAACAACCGCACGAAAUUAUACAGGCCACAGGACUAUGAUUCAAAGAACCAGUUCGAGCCAUCUACUCGUCAUUGGCGAGUUUGCUGGACGUAUCCAACUCGGCUACAAAACUUGAGUGUGCAUGUUGGCUUGCUAUGCUAGGCAUAGUGGUGGGAUUGGUAGAAGUGAUUUGUUUGAUCAAUAUAUUAACUUAUUCUCAAUCAGGAUGGCUUUGUAGUGCUUUCGUGGAGUUGUCAUAUUUGAAACUUCUACCUUGUUAGUGUUUUAAAACUGUUUCGUCUUUCCAAUUUCCUAGACAUAAGUAAGAGUUCCUUUAUGAAGUUAACGGACUUAUCUAUGAAAGGAUGAAAUGAAAAUAAAUGUGAUUCGUUCAA